UGUGACUUCCAAGUUUGAUAUCACUUUCUCAGACACCUUCAAAAUGUUGAACCGCUUCUUAAGCUGGUUCAAAGACCCCCAGGCUACCCCGGGCGACAUAAACCUCCUGCUUUUUGGUGAAACCGGUGUAGGAAAGUCCACUUUCAUAAAUUCCAUCUCGAACUACUUCAACUAUUCCGACUUCAAGGAAGCCCAAUGCAGCAAAAUCGAGGUUCUUAUCCCCGUCUGCUUGAACCUUUCGGACAAAACCAAAAUCUGCGGAACCGCGGACGAAAACGAAGCCCACGAAAGCGGCAAAUCCGCCACCCAACACGUCAAAGUGUACCUAUUCCCCAUAAAAAUAGGCGGGAAAACUUUCAAUUUAAAAUUGAUUGAUACUCCAGGAGUCGGAGAUCCCCGAGGCAUGGAACAGGAUAACAUCAACCUCGACAAUAUUCUAGCGUACUUGGCGACGUUGAAGAAACUCCACGCUAUUUGCUUCAUCAUGAAGUCCAACCAGACGAGAUUCACCAAGUUCGUCGAGUACUGUUUGAAGCAGAUCUUGGUUCGGUUGGACAAAAGCGCCAGCCAAAACAUCAUAUUCAUCACCACGUACAGUAAGAUUGCUCGGUAUACAACUGGAGAGACCAGGAUUCACUGUUUGGAGCCGCUGGUCCGCGAUAUCCAGUCGAGACCUCCUAACGUGAGUAUCCCCUUGAGCGACAAAAACAUCUUCGCUUUGGACAAUGAGGCUUUCAAGGCACUCUUGGAGAUGCAAGAAGGUAAAACCUUCAGCAAGUACGAAUUGGAAGGUCUGGCUCACAGCUGGGACAUCUCGUCGAAGGAAAUUCUACGCUUGUUGGUGUACAUUAUCGGGGACGCCAGAACCUCAGCACUGAAGCCCCACGACGUCGAAAACACCAUCAGUGUUAACGAGGUGAGGUUUCUGAUUGAGCAACUUGCGACUAUUAUUGCUGAGGUGUCGGAGCUCAUUCAAGACAUGUCCAGGUUGCUGGAGAGGCACAAGAGGAACCUGAGUUUGGAGAACCAAACCCUCGACGACCUUAGGAAACAGCUGUUCAAACCGUGUGUCGACCUUCAAGUGAAGGAAUUGUCGCAGCCUGUCCUCGUGUGCACGGACCCCAAGUGCGCCGACGUCAUCAAGGUGAAGGACGUGACCCAGUGGCACUACAAACAGAGAUGCCACGACCCUUGCUACCACUCGGGAAUCCCCAAAGAGAUGAUCGGCGAUCCGGCAAUUAUCAAUUGUGACGCCAUAUUGGACAAUGGCACGUGCAAGGAGUGUGGAUGUCACUGGAAAGUCCACAUGCACCUCUACAAAAUAACCGAGAAAAUCCACGUGCAGAAAGAAGACCAGGACGUAAAAAAUGCCAUAAAGACCAAGGAGGAUAGUCGUCUCGGGAUCGAGAAGUUGAUGAAAGAGCUCAAACAGAGAAUGAAGGAACUGAAGAAAGAAGGUGGAAUCAUCUCCGAAAGCAUCGCCAAGUUUUCGCAUUUCCUGCAAGAACACGCCUUGACCCCCUUCAACGACGCCUACAGCGACUACAUUAAGCAACGUAUCAGAGAUGAAAAGCGUCUAGGAAAGUUCGCUGAUCAACAAGUCAUCACAAAACUCGAGUCAAUGCUCAAUUAUCAUGAACAGCUUCAAAAAACCCUACAAGAAAACCCAAAAGGGUUACAAACUGCGAGCAGCGAUUUGACCCUUGAAGGAAUCAAGAACAGUGUCACGGAGCUCUACAAUUUGAAACACAUGGGGACGACGAUACAAGAACUGAUAAAAAAAAAUGUGGUGUCGUGGGACACCAGGUAGGAACGAAGUUCCUUCGAUUAAUGUAGAAUCGACACAAUUUGCAAAAAAAAAAACGUGCUCAAUUUUAUGUAGGUUUUCUUGAUUUUUCCCUUAAAUUUUGCUGAUUAGUUUUUAUUUAAGUACAGGAAAAUAUUUAGGAAAUUCAGUAUUUUAGGAAAUAAUAAAUUACGUAAUAUAGGUAGAAUUAUCAAAAUAUAUAUAUAUUUAAAUGUUUGGAAUUGAAGGGAGAAUUUGUUUUAAUUAUUUAAAAAAAUAAUCAAUAAACUUUUUAAAUAUU